AUCCCCCGGACCCCUGCCCGAGCCCAAAGGAGGCAAGCAAGCGAGCGAGUUCCCGACGACAUCCCCAACCCUCAGCGAUGCGCCCAUCCAAUGCGCUGGCGGAUGUACCAACGCCCAUCCAGCGGUAGCUCUCGCCACGUCCACUCGUCCCGCACCUCGCUGUCGCUCUCUUGCGUCCCCACGUGGCUCUCUCUCUGUGGUUCCCUCUUGUCUUUCUCGGAUCUGUGGAGGAGAAGAGGUGAAGUCUGGAGCGAGCUCGAUGCUGGCGCUGAGGACGGUGGUGGAGUACUACGGCCUGGAGGGAAUGGGGCGGAGGAAUGGGAUCGCGUGGUGGGACGAGAUCGACGGCUCGGAGGAGUGGCAGCGCGGCAUCUUCUACGCCCUCUGUGCCGCCUACUCCCUCGUUUCCCUCGUCGCUCUGGUGCAACUCAUCCGCAUUCAGCUAAGGGUACCAGAAUAUGGAUGGACAACACAAAAGCUUUUUCACCUCAUGAAUUUUGUUGUGAAUGGAUUGCGUGCAAUUCUUUUUGGCUUCUACCACAGUGUAUUUCUUCUCAAAUCAAAAGCUCUUGAAAUGGCACUUCUAGAUCUUCCUGGUCUUCUGUUCUUCUCAACCUACACUCUACUAGUGUUAUUUUGGGCAGAGAUAUAUCAUCAGGCUAGGAGCCUUCCAACUGAUAAGCUCAAGCCUUCAUAUAUGAUAAUCAAUGGGACUGUAUAUGUCAUACAGAUUUGCAUUUGGAUAUAUGUCCAAAUAAGUCCUAAGCCUGCUGCGAUUGAAGCUGCUAAACUCUUUUUGGCAAUUGUUUCGUUCUCUGCUGCUUUGGGAUUCUUGAUAUAUGGUGGGAGGCUGUUUUUUAUGCUGAGACGCUUCCCGAUUGAAUCUAAGGGUCGCCAAAAAAAGCUGAAUGAGGUUGGUUCUGUGACUACCAUAUGCUGCACAUGUUUCUUGAUACGGUGCUUUGUGGUUGCCCUUUCUGCAUUUGACAAGGAUGCUGACCUUGACGUCCUCGAUCAUCCGAUUCUGAAUUUAAUCUAUUACAUGCUGGUCGAGAUCCUCCCAUCAGCUCUAGUACUAUUCAUCCUUCGGAAGCUGCCCCCAAAGCGAAUUUCAGAUCGGUACCACCCCAUCAAUUGAGAGUUUUGUCGGGGUGAGGGAUAUUAUUUCGUCAGGAAUUGGGUCUCAGGCACUCAUUUGGCUGUCAUGGCGCUGGUGGAACCAGUUAGAUGCAACAUGAUCAUUUUUGCACCCGGCUAAUCUGUGGCAUUUUUUUUUUAAAAAUUUUAUGGGUGAGCUAAUUUAAAACUUAGCAAAAUCGCCUCUUUUGUUUAUUAGGAACCUUAAGUGAGUAAUCAUAGUAAAUAAAAUGUUCCAAAAGAAUAUGACUUUUAAGAAUGUAAUUGUCAAUACCAAGGCACCAAAUGCACCUUAAUUUUUUCAGAUGCGGAAAUAAAUGCAAGAAUUUUCUUGCAUUAGUUUUUUCAGUUUU